GCGAUCGUGGGGCCUCUGCCGGACGCUGCCCAAGAGCCACCAGAACCUUUCGUCGUGACCUCGCCGGUGGAAUCUCCAGAGCAGGAGGUGGGUGAUCUUGAGGUGCCGGCAAUGUACAGCGCGGCGGCCGUGGAUGCCAGUGCCCUGUUGUCGGAAUCCGCCCCUGAGCGCACACCCACUGACCUGCCAGCUAUGCCCGUGCCCACAGAAGUGCCUUCACCGACUUCGCUCGGGGCAGACGAGGAUGAGGAGGCCGACACCGUCACUGGGAACCUGCUGACUUUGCCGACCCAGACAUUGGUAGCGCCCAGAGGUUCAAGAAGUGCGAUGUUCGGAGAGGAGGAGACGGCUUCGGUGCCACCUGCUGCCCAGGAGAGCGCGUACUUGUCUAGCUCUGCAGCGGCCCUCCCAUCGCCGACCGACAUGCCAGUCCCCACAGAGCUGCCUUCCCCGACGUCUGCGGUAUCUGAGCCCGCGCCCAGCAUCGAGGGCCUGGCAACUACAGCGCCUCCGCCUACGGCACCAACGGCACUUCUGGAACAAGCGCCUGCAGAUGCAGAUUUCCCGCCGCCCAUGCCCGAGUCCGCCCCGAUGUCCACGUCGGAGGUGGCGUCGCCAUCUGAGUUGCCUGUGCCUGAUGGAGAGGCGCCAGCUGGGCCAAGGUCUCUCCGUCGACACGGUGGGGUCCGCUCACCCACGGAGAUGGGUCUGCCGGUCCCGACGGAGCUGCCUUCCCCCACGGAGCGCGGCAUGCAACCUGAGGUACCUUUGCCGAGCCCCAAGGCUUUGCCGCCCGGCUUCCCGCAGGUGCACUCCUCGGCGGCGGCCGUGUCGUCCUCGGCCGCAACGCAGUCGCCUAGUGAGCUUCCAGUUCCCACCGAGCGCCCUUCUCCCACAGAGAUGCCGGUGCCAGUGCGGACCGUAGAGCGCACCUUCACCCACUCCCGACCAGCCACGACAGCCGUUCCGUCAUCGCCGGCGGACCUCCCUGUCCCCACGGCAAGGCCAUCUCCCACGUCAAUGGGUCCUGGGGAUGACGAGGAAGAGGCCAUCAUGGGUCCAUUGCCGGAUGCUGCGCGGGAGCCACCAGAACCAUUCGUCGUGACCUCUCCUGUUGAAAGUUCUCCUGGACAGGAGCCCGGAGCUGUGCAGGUACCGGCACCGUACGAGUCAGCACUCGACGCAAGCGGCGCAUUGUCUGAGUCGGCGCGCUCUCCCACCGAACUACCAGAAAUCGCAGUUCCAACUGAAGUGCCCUCACCCACCUCUCUGGGAGCUGUGCAAGAGGAGGCGGAUACGGUGGCCCAGGAAAUCGGGACCUUGCCCACCCAGACGAUCGUACCCCCCACGCUGAAGGCGCCUAGAGAUGAACUGGAGGUCGACGUUCCAUUCGCCUCCGCAGUCGGCGAGAGUGCUUUCAUGUCCAGCUCCGGCCAGGCCCUCCGAUCGCCCACGGACAUGCCGGUCCCGACAGAGCUCCCGUCGCCGACGUCGGCAGUGUCAGAGCCCAUGCCAACUGCUGAGGAGUUGAUCACCACAGCACCUCCGCCUACAGCUCCGACCGCACUUAUGGAAGAAGCGCCUCCAGAAGCCGCCUUUCCACCUCCGAUGCCGGAGUCUGCGCCGAUGUCCUCGUCGCACGUUGGAUCGCCCUCGGAGCUACCAGUUCCAGGCGACGAGGCCACACGUCGACCAAGGUCGGUACGGAAGCUCCGUUCUCCCACAGAGAUGGUGGUGCCUGUGCCAACGGAGAUGCCAUCGCCGGCAUCACACGGCGCCCUCCCGGAGGUGCCAGCAAGGAGCCCUGCGGCGAUGGAAGCGGGCCUCCCUCAGGUGUAUUCGUCCAUGGUCGGCAUGUCUUCAUCCGCGGCCACGCAGUCGCCAAGCGAGCUGCCAGUGCCAACGGAGCGGCCCUCGCCCACGGAGCUGUCGGCGCGCCGGCCAAGGGUGUCCGCGCCAGUUGUUGCAGUCGAGUCCGGCAUGCUUGGCUCCUCCGCAUUCGGCUCCUCAGCAAUGGCAUCAGGACAACAGCGCUCCCCUACGGAGAUGCCUGUGCCGACGGAUGUCCCAUCACCGACCACACCUUGCGAGGAUGAAGAGGAAGGUGAGACGGUCACAGCACCCAUGGUCACGGCGGCCCAGACCAGCAGCAUCGAGAGGACGCUGACUCACUCUCGACCCGUCACGUCCGUCACGCAGACCUCUCCUGUUGACUUGCCGGUGCCGACCGCAAGGCCGUCCCCGACUUCCAUGAAUGAGGGGGACGACGAGGAGGAGGCCAUCGUCGGCCCUUUGCCGGAUGCCGCCUUGCAGCCACCAGAACCCGACGCCUUCGGCAUCGCUUCGCCGCUACCAGCGGCAGGUGAAUUGGAGAUCCCGGCGCGAACUGGGUCGGCCCUCCUUGACAGUGCAUUAUCGGAGUCUGCACCCGAGCGUACACCGACGGAACUGCCCGAGGACAUGCCGGUCCCUACGGAAGUUCCCUCGCCCACCUCGCUGCGCGGCGAGGAUGAGGUGGACACGCUCGUGGAGGAAGUUGGGACCUUGCCGACACAGACCCUGGUCCCCCCAAGCGUCAGAGACCGAGCUGCAGAGGACGAGGCGAAUGUUCCUGUUCAGCCUUCUGCCGCGGCGGGGACCAGCGCUUUCAUGUCGGAUUCUGGCCAGAUGCCACGCUCGCCGACGGACAUGCCGGUCCCGACGGAGCUGCCGUCGCCAACGUCGGCUGUGUCAGAGCCCAUGCCGACUGCUGAGGAGCUGCUGAUCACCACGGCACCUCCGCCUACGGCUCCGACGGCACUCAUGGAAGAAGCGCCUCCCGAAGCUGCCUUUCCACCUCCGAUGCCGGAGUCGGCGCCGAUGUCCUCGUCGCAAGUCGGAUCACCCUCGGAGCUGCCAGUUCCCGGCGACGAGGCGACACGUCGGCCAAGGUCGGUGCGGAAACUGCGCUCUCCCACGGUUGCGCUGACACGUGUUGCACAGGGUGUACUCGUCGAUGGCCGGCAUGUCCUCUUCCGCAAAGCCCUCAGCCAGCUUUGUGGCUUGGAGUCUUCGAACCACAAAGUCUUGAUAAAAUGCAGAGUUUUCGAAGAAGAUGUGAGUGUGUCCUAUUUCAAUGACUACUCAUACCCUGGCUACCAAGUCCUCGCUAUGAAACUUCAGGUCGGCGUUUACGGGCCGAAAGCUCUGCGUAAUUGGACGGGUUCUGAGUGGACGCUAACAUGGUUGGCCCAUGAAUGCUCCGCGUACUCGGAUGGGGUCUGCGUGGAUGUUGACAUGGCUGCCCUUAACGUGGCUGGCCCAUGGAUGCUCUGCGACAUCGGAUUGGGGUCUGAGUGGACGUUAACAUGGCUGGCUCAUGGAUGUCGCGUGUGA